AUCAGGUAGCUUGUUCUGUCUCUCUCUCCUCCCCCUCCUGUCUGUCUGGAGUCUCACCGGCAGCAACACGGAGGAGACUCACCGGAUCUACCGUCAGACCGUCAGGCCGCCGGUUACCGCAGAUAUUAACGUGAUAUUAGAUUUAUCUAUCGGUGAUUCCUCCCGGUGGAGCUGCCGGUUCCUCCUGAAGACACCAGGGAGCGGACCCAGCGGACCCAGCGGACCCAGCGGCCGGCUAGCUGCUGGAGUUACACCCGGGACUGCAGGCUGAUCCUCGGCCUCCGGGAGGAUCUUAACGGGACAUUUGUGGAUAUUUCGGGUCGUCUUUGAGCCGGUUCGUCCGGUGGUUCCUCCGGUGGUCGGUGCUGGCUGCGGAGCCCCGGAGAGCAGCAGCAGGGCUCGGUACCGGUACCGGGAGGAGAGAGCAGGAGUUUGUCUGUCUGUCUGAUUGGUCACCAGCCCACCCCCGGCCCCCACCAUGAACCCUAUGAACCAGAUGAAGGCUGGACUGGCCAACAACCCACACAGCGAGGGUUCGUACCCCUACGACCCGUCCAGCUGGCAGCAGCCCACCAAUCAGCCUACAGGAUCCCUCUCCGUGGUCACCACCGUCUGGGGAGUGACCAAUCCCUCGGCCAGCCAGGGUAUGGGUGGAGGGAUGGGACCCGGAUCCAACCAGGGCGGGGGGCCCAUGAUGCAGGGCCCCGGGGGUCCGGGCAUGGCCGGCGGGCCCGGAGGCUACAUGGGUCAGCAGGGCUACGGAGAGCCCAGCAAAGGCUACAUGAACCAGGGCAUGUACGGCCGGACGACUGGGGGCUACGCUGGAGGACCGGGGGGGUACUCACAGAGCUACCCGUCGAACCCCGGCGGCUCCAGAGGUUCUAAUGACUUCACUCAGGCUGCCGCUGCCGCCGCCGUCGCUGCUGCCGCUGCCACGGCAACCGCAACCGCCACGGCAACCGUCGCUGCCAUCCAGGAGAAACAAAACCAGGAAAUGAACUACGGACAGAUGGGAGGUCAGGCCUAUAACAGCCAGUUCAUGGCCCACUCCGGCCCCCGCGGCCCCCCUGGCAUGUCCCCCGGAGGUAUGGGCCCUGGAGGUAUGGGCCCCGGAGGUAUGGGCCCUGGAGGUAUGGGCCCCGGGCCCGGACCUACCAGGGGCCCUCCCUCAAUGGGCCCCAUGUACGGACCCGGAGGUGGCCCCCAGAGGGUCCCUCAGCACCCGCAGCACCCUCAGCACCCAAACUACGGCCCCGGACCACAGCAGGGCCACCUGAGGCCCCCGCAGGGCCUCAAACGGCCCUACAACCCUGAGUCCUUCCAAGGAAUGUCUCAGCAGUACGGCGUUCCCGUCGGUCCCAGUGUCAGUGUGAUGUCGGGUCCCGGUGGCGCCGGCGGCUCAAUUCCAGGUUCAGGUGGAGGAGGUCACGCCGGCCCCGGUCCGUACGCCAACCCCAACAUGCAGUACCAUCCAGGUCCCGGCGGUCCAGGCCCCGCCCCCCAGCGCUCCGGCUCCUCCCCCUCCUAUCAGACCCAUAAAAUGCCCCUCCCACAGUACUCCCCCUCUGGACCCCCCAACUCCCAGUACUACAAGCAGGAGCAGUUUAACGGUCAGGGUGGCGGUCUGAGCGCUCUGACGACAGGAGGCGCCGGCGGCGUCUACAACUCCUUCAACCAACCGUCUGGGCCCGGUCGAGGGUUGCCAGGUUACCCCUCCUCCCCGGUCCCUGGGAACCCCACCCCUCCCAUCACCCCCAGCAGCUCCAUGGCCCCGCCCUACAUGUCGCCCGGCAACAGUGACGUCAAACCGCCGCCCUCGUCCUUCCUGCCGGACAUCAAACCCAACAUGGCCGGCCUGCCGCCGCCUCCUCCUACAGGUAACCCUAGCGACGACCUGCGGCUGACCUUCCCGGUGCGUGACGGCGUGGUCCUAGAGCCCUUCAGAUUAGAGCACAACCUGGCGGUCAGCAACCACGUCUUCCAGCUGAGAGACUCCGUCUACAAGACACUCAUCCUGAGACCGGACCUGGAGCUCCAGUUUAAGUGUUACCACCACGAGGAUCGACAGAUGAACACCAACUGGCCCGCCUCCGUCCAGGUGAGUGUGAACGCGACUCCUCUCACCAUCGAGCGAGGCGACAACAAAACUUCCCACAAGCCCUUGUACCUGAAGCAGGUGUGUCAGCCGGGCAGGAACACCAUCCAGAUCACCGUCACCGCCUGCUGCUGCUCUCACCUGUUUGUCCUCCAGCUGGUUCAUCGUCCGUCGGUGCGUUCGGUGCUUCAGGGUCUGAUGAAGAAGAGGCUGCUUCCUGCGGAGCAUUGUGUCACCAAGAUAAAGAGGAACUUCAGCAGCGGUUCCAUCCCCGGGACUCCCGGGUUAAACGGAGAGGACGGCGUGGAGCAGACCGCCAUCAGAGUCUCGUUGAAGUGUCCCAUCACUUUCCGCCGCAUCCAGCUGCCCGCCAGAGGUCACGACUGCAGACACAUACAGUGUUUUGAUCUGGAGUCGUACCUGCAGCUCAACUGUGAGAGAGGAACAUGGAGAUGCCCUGUGUGCAAUAAAACAGCUCUGUUGGAAGGUCUGGAGGUGGACCAGUACAUGCUGGGAAUCCUCAUCUACGUUCAGAACUCGGAGUAUGAGGAGAUCACCAUCGACCCGGUGUGCAGCUGGAAGCCGGUUCCGGUGAAGCCGGACAUCCACGUGAAGGAGGAGUCCGACGGUCCGGUGUUGAAGCGCUGCCGGACGCUCAGCCCGAGUCACAUGGUGCUGCCAAGCGUCAUGGAGAUGAUCGCAUCGCUAGGCCCCGCCCCCUCCUCGGCUGCCUCCUCCUCCCCGAUGUCCUACCCCCCCCUACCUACAGGGGGCAGCAAUAACAGCAACACACCGGACUACCCCGGACCAGCUCCGUCCUAUCCCAGUCAACAUGCUGGUUUCUCAGACUUCUCUGGUCCUGGGACUCCGGGCGUCGGGGGGGACUUCUCCUCCCCCGGUCCUCCUCCUCUCUCCUACCAGUCGGAGCUCUCCAGUGCCCUCCUCACCCCCGACAAACCUCCCCCCCACCCGCUGGCUGGACAGAUGUCAGUCUCGGGCCGCCUGGACUCCACUUCCCAUGGUGCUCCUCUCUCCCAGCAGCAGUCGCAGGGUCUCCACGGCAACUCCCAAAUGGGGGGCGGCAACCAGAUGAUGCAGCGUAGCAACCAGAACCCCCGUCUCCAAGGCGACAGCUCCUUCGGUCUGGGGGGGUCGUCGGAGGUUCCUGAACCGUCUCUGGACUUGCUUCCGGAGUUGACCAACCCAGACGAGUUGCUGUCGUACCUCGGCCCUCCGGACCUCCCGAACAACAACAACGACGACCUGCUGUCGCUGUUCGAGAACAACUGAACUCACACUGAACUUUUACUGUAAGAUACAAACUCUUUCUGUCGUCGCCCGCCAACACGACCGCCGGUCCGCCGCGACUGCCGUCUGCACAGGAAGGAAAUGGACGAUAUCGAAGGACACAUAAAAAACAACCCAUCAACUUUUAAAUCUGAAACCUCUUUGAUGUGUGACGACGAUGGUGACUUUAUUUUAUUGUUUUUUUUAAACUGUGUUUUGAUGCUUCAUCCUUCAUUCCCUGUCGGAGCCGACGGCCUCGCCGCCACAGGAAGCUGCUUUAACUACACGUCACACGGCCGAUCCGUCGGCUCUCCUCCGGACCGCCGGGCCAGCAGGUUUCUGUUCAGAUGAUCCGUCACGUUUCUUCAGCAGCGACCACGAGAGGAGCGGACGUGAUUACUAGUUAACGUUUCUGGUCCAGAUGAGUUUUAAAUGUAUGAAGAGAAGAAGUGAUGUUUUAUAUGGAGGAGGUUAACAAACAGGAAGUCCUCGUUUACACUCAGCCCCCCCGGAUCACAUUAUUGAUUUACAGCACAAUGAAUCAGAACAUUUAUUCUAAUAGUCUGAUGUUCUUCUGUCAUAUCUGUGAGAUUAUGUGGUAAUAAUAAUAAUACUAUUUGUAGUAGAAUCAUUUCAUCUGUUUCAACCCGUCACAUUCAGCUGCUUCAGUGUUCCACUGGUAGUUCAUCAACUGAUCGAUAAUCGAUAAUCCAUUCUUCUUUUAGUCUCUGAAAUGUUAUCAAAUAUGAGUUCCAUGUGACGUCUUCAAACAUCUUGUUUUGUUCGACCAACUCAGAGAUUCAGUUUCCUGUGAAAUAAAAACAUCUGAGACGUCG